AUGCCCGUAUCAGAUUUAACUGCUUCCCGCUGGGCCAGCCCCGAAGUGCGCCGUGAGCGACAGUAUCAAAGCCCAGCUGGCAGCCUAUCUCCGCAGAAGCGACCCCCAGGUACGCCAGGGUCGAACGGUUCCAUUCAUUCCAGUCAUAUACCGAGCAAUACAUCUGCACCGUCGAUAUCGACCUCGCCUGUGCGACCCUUGACAUCAGCGCAAAGGCUAUACCUGACGCGCGACGCUGAAUUCCAACGCUUCCGUCGACUUUUCCGGCGGCUUGCGUGGAGAGCAAACAGUCUCACCCAUUGGUCGCAUCGAGCGUUGACUCUGGCGCAGGAGUAUCAGUCACAACAACAUUACACUACUACCAAUGGUCAUGGUCACCCCGGCAUGGGUGUUGAGCACAACUUGCUCGGGCCUAAGGCAACGCUGGGCCGUUACGACAUGAUAAUCGAUCCGAUAGAGGCGGAGCGACAAUUCAAGUUCGACUUCUACGAGUUCUACAGCCUGCUUGAAAGGGGGCUUGUCCACCUGUUCAGCAUCUGGGGUAUUGUGAUAACGGCAUCGAUACCGGAUUCGGAGCAGGACAAUCUCAGGCAAGCAGAAAAUCGACCACCAGAGUCCAUCAUCGGCGACUCGCGCAAUUUUCAUGGUGCAUCGCAUCGCUUCCACGCCAACGUCCUCGCCGCUCUCGACCACCCAUCCAAUCCUCUGCACGACAUUCUCGGCACUGGCGAUACUCGCGCUUACAUUGGCGUGGCCAAAGAGUUUCGAAACAAGUGGAAAGACGUCGACCAUCGGUCUUACGACUCUUUCUUAGGACACGACCGUGUGGAGGAGACGUGGGACAAGGCGAAAGUCCGAAGAUAUGAGAAAGUACUUCGGGAUUUGAAACUUGAUGAACUUCUCGGGUCAGUCCUCGGGGCUCUGGAGGAGGCAGGCCGACGAGCAGAAGCAGAGCUAAGAAGGCUGGAGCACGUUGCCGGUGGGGUUAGCCAGAAGGCGAGGGAGGCUGACCAAGCCCGGGAAGACAGGGAGGUUGACAUGAUGGAUAUACCAUUUGAAAGCAUCACCGACGGAGUCGACGUCGACUAUGAUAUGGAGCUUUGA